AGUGACCUCAGAUCAGAGCAGCGGACAGAUAUUAGAGGGGGGAGUAGUGGAGAAGAUACGAGUUGCAAAUCUGAAUAUUUUUUCCCCGAAUACUCGUCUUGACUAUCGAAUAACCGUCAAUAUAGAAAAGCCAAUGAAUAUGCCUAAAGGUCAGCCGGAUUUUGAACGGAAUAAAGAUCGAAUGACCUAUCUGCACCAACAAUUUAAAUUUGACUUGACACAGGUCAAGAUUCCAGAGAAACCUUCUCAAAAUGGAGUUAGAGCACCCAGUCAAGAAGUCACUCAUGAGCUAGAGGUGGAAUUUCGCGAUCCAAAGAUACUGCUCAGGGAACGACAGAAAAUCGAACAAGGCAUGCCCAACCAGUUUAUGGAGAUCGUUGAAGUGUUUCUGGAUAAUAUUCGUACUUUGGCACAAAAAGAUAUGGAAAUAAAAAAUAAAACAUAG